GUGAAACAAACGAGAGGAGUCUGGUUGGAAAGGACCGUGGACCUGUCCAGCCCGCUAACAAAACUGACUCCAAUCGGGCCACAGCGAAUCAUAGGAAAGCCCGAGGCCGCUGAACACUAUGGGAAACGCUGAGAGCGGCUGCGGAGUUGGUAGUGGUGACGAGGAAGAUGUCGAAACAGAAAGCCCGGGGUUUGCGGAAGGUAGUCCGGCCUCUGCGGCCACAGGCGUCGGCGUGGGAAGUGGUGGAGGCUCCGGUUCAGGAAGAAGUGGAAGAGGAUCAAAUAACCCUCCAGUGCCGGGCUGCGGACCACCCACCCCUGGAGUUCUUUUAGAACAAGUCAAACUGAGAGAGGCUGCGGCCCGCAUUAGCGAUUCGGGGGUCGCCAUUCCAGAGUCAGUGCUUUCCGGGAACGAGGGCGUCUUGGUACGAUGGCUAGAGGACCGGCUGAGCCGGGGAGAGGAGUCGGUUAAUGUUGAACAAUUUUGCGAAAUGCUGGAGAGCAGAGACGCCCCGCGAGAUGAGUGCGAAGAGGCCUUUGGCCAGUUUGACGCCGAGGGAGAUGGUGUUGUGGACGUGGAGAACAUGCUGAUGGCUUUAAAGAACUCCAACGGAGCCAAUCUGCAGGGAGAACUGAGUCAUGUGAUCAGACAACUCCAGGCCUGCUCUCUUACCCCAGGAUUUGUCGACAUAUUCUCCAAGUCCAAAGAUCGGUUAGGGGCGCACGCCUCAAAGAUCCUGAAAUUCCUCCACAGGAAUCGUAUCCCCAGCAGUGCCAUGCCCUUCCCCGGGCUGGAGGGAUACAACAGCAUCUGCACCAUGAGGUCCACCGUGGUGCAGGACUUCCUGGAGUUCCUCCUCCAGAAAGAGAAAGAUUUAGACAUCCAGUACAGAGCGGAGUUGAACCGUGAUCCGGAGGUGGACAAGGUCAAGGUGGUCACUCAGUGCUACAGCUUCAUAGAGGCUUCGUCGAACGCGGUCGACAUUUACAAGAUGACGAACGGGGAGACGGUGUCGUUCUGGCAGUCGGACGGAAGCGCGCGCUCCCACUGGAUACGGUUGAAGAUGAAGCCUGACGUGGUCCUGAGGCGCCUGGCCAUCUCCGUGGCCUCCAACGACCACAGCUACAUGCCCCAGCUGGUGUCCGUGGCCGUGGGCAAGACCCGGCGCUCGCUGCAGGAGAUCAGGGACAUCCGCAUCCCCAGCAACGUGACGGGCUACGUGGCCCUCCUGGAGAACGCCAACAUCACACACCCCUACAUCCAGAUUAACAUCAAGCGUUGCCUGAGCGACGGCUGUGACACGCGCAUCCACGGCCUGAAGACACUGGGCUACCAGAUCACCAAGAGCAAGGAGGUGUCUGUGUCCGACGCCUCGGCCAUCUGGUACCUGUCCCUCCUCACCUCCCUGGUGACGGCCUCCAUGGAGACCAACCCUGUCCUGGCCCAGACCGUCCUCCAGAGCACACAAAAAGCCUUACAGCACAUGCCGCCGCUGUCCCUGACGCCGUCUUCCACCGAGUUCCCCAAGUUCUUCUCCAUGAACAUCCUGGAGGAGGUGGACGGCUUUCUCCUCAGGAUAGCAGACUGCUGUGUGACCCCUGAUGCUGAGUUGACCCUUCUGGCCUUUGCCCUGGCCAGGGGCAGUGUGGCCAAAGUGCUCCAGUCCCUGUCUGGCAUCAGUGUGCACCUCCAGGCGGACUACAGAGCCUCCCCCCUCAUCUCCUCCAUGGCCUCCGUCAGACUACGCCUGUUCUACCGCAACGGGAAAGCGCUCCAGCUGCACCUGCAGGCCUGCGACGUGAAAGGCAAAGAGGAGAAGUCGGGGCCGGAGAACAUGCUGACGGAACCCUCCACCGGAGACGGGUUCCUGACGGAGAGCGGCAGGAAGAGAGCCAGUGUGAUCCUGUCCACAGAAGACCAGAGCACCUUCCAGGUCACUCAGAUGAAGAUCAAAGUACGAAAAGGAGCCAUUGGAGCGAGAUGCGGCCUUGUGUUUGCCUACAACGAAGGAGACACUUUUGACGCUGAAAAGCACUUCAAACGGUUUAAAAAGUUUGACUCGUGGGACUACAAGGACUAUAAGGAAUUUGUACAAGACAACAUGAGGAUCCCGGCGCAGGCGGAGGACGAGCCCAUUGGCUGGUUCGAGCUGGAGGAAGACUGGAACGAUGUGGAGAUCAAACUGCAGCAGUGCCGCGUUGCAAAGUUCCUGAUGGUGAAGUUCCUGUGUGCCAGGCAGGACUCUGCCGAGCGCCUGGGCGUGCAGUCCGUGAGCUUCAGCGGCUACCUGUGCCCGGGGGCGGAGAGGCUGGACGACCUGGAUGACCUGAGCUCCCAGGGAGACGGCUCUGAGGGCGACACGGUCACAGGCCUCACCCUGCUCAAGAAGACCCUCUUCUUCAUCCAGCAGCUCACCCGGGAGAUGGAUGUGUCCCUGUUCAAGCAGAAGUUCCUCCUGGACUUCAGUGGCCUCAACCUGACCCUGUUCUGGAACUUCUACAACAAACUCAGGGAGAUUGAGGGAGAAGAGGUGAUGAAGAGCAGAGUUCUGCUGCUUCAGCUGCUGCAGAACUGUUUCCUGGUCCUGCCCAGCCGUCCGGAGUCCCGGGGCCCGGGGGAGGGCUGGGGGGAGGGCCAGGGGCCCGAGGUGGAGCCAGCCGCAGCUGCCUGCGCCUCCACAUCCAGCAGUUCUGAGCCUGACUCCUCCAGAGCCGUGUGGGAGCUCUACACUCACCUCUGCAGCAUUGUGGACGGUCCUAAGAUGGAGGGCUCUGUGGAGAAAUCGCUGAGGAAGGAGGCAGUGAAGGCUAUUCUGAAUGGGGCGGCCAUCUUCUUCCCUGACAAGCACAGCAGGAGGGAUAAACUGUUUAACAUGAUGAAAAACAUCACCGAGGAAGACCAGCUGGAGUCAGUGAAGCUGACGUUUGAGUCUUUAUGUAAUUACUUCAGUGACCAGGAUCCCAGCGGCCUGCUCCUCCUCCCCCCCAAAGGAGCCCCGGCAGACUUCGACAUCAGCCCCAUCCUGACUGUGAUGGAGACCCUGCUACUGGUGGCCACGCGGGAGUGCGAGGUGAUGAUGGUGGACGUGAAAGGCGGGGCCAGUCGGACGGUGCUGCUGUCUCUGUUCUGGGCGCUGCAGGGCAGCCUGCUCUCCUGGUGUUUCCUGCAGCUCAAAGCAGGCUCCGCCAGCACCGCCUCAGACCUGGCCCGGGACAUUCUCGUCAAGUACGUGAGUCAGUUCCUGGGCAGCGCCAAAGCCGUGCUGGGCGGCCUGCUCGAGCGCCACAGCGGGGCCGAGAUCACGGAGAAGCUGAACAGAUCCAUCCUGGCCAUCACCACCAGACAGCUGAUGAUCUUCCUGCUGGAGCUGUGCUCCCUGGACAUCCCUCACUCCACCCUGCUCCGGAACUUCUCAACCCUGGUGGAGCUGCUCAAGCACCUGUCCAGCGACACGGGAGACAUCUUCUCCAAGGUGGACCUGGAGAGCUGUCAGCAGCCUCAGCAGCCCGUGGUCCUGAGAACCUGGAACAUGGAGUCCACCCACAACUACGAGAACAGCCGCCACGAGACCACCAUCUUCGCCUGCCCCGGGGCCACCUCCUUCGAGCUGGAGUUUGACGAGCGCUGCGAGACGGAGAAGAGGUACGACUACCUGGAGUUCACAGACGCGCGAGGGGGGAAGGUCCGCUACGACAUGAAGGUUGGGACCGAGAAAUGGCCCAAGAAGGUAACGUUCGAAGCGGGACCCCAGCUCCAGUUCCUCUUCCACUCCGACAGCAGUAAUAACGAGUGGGGCUACAAGUUCACCGUGGUCGCCCACGGCCUGCCCGACAUCACCGUGUCCUGGAUGUCCGACCUGCAGCUCCUGGUGGCCAGGCUCAUGGGACGCCUGGCCUCCAGGACCAUGGCCCUCAAAUCCCCCCACGAGAUUCGCAGUAUAAAGGAGCUCCCUUCAGGGAAGAUGGCCCAUGUCCUGUCCUCUCCUCUCUGGAAGCCUGUGUUUCGACACGGACUCUGCAGCCGACCCAAGGAAGGGACCCCUGCCCUCCCCAACGCCCAACCUGACGUGCAGAAGUCCUGGCAGGCUGCAGACUUUGUUUGCUUCCUGGAGGACUACGCCCGCUGGAAUCCGUCCCAGGAUGCAACAGACAGCAGGACGGAGCUGAUGAAGUCCCUCAUGCUGGCGUGCAAGAAACAGCCGGUGAGGAACGAGAUAGGCGGGGGAUCAAAGGUGGACCAGGCAGUGAACGCUAUCUGGGCAGCCAUGGUUUACCACACACCAGCCCUGCACCAUGCCCUCAGGACCUACGUGACCCAGGGCGGACAGUCCUGUCUGAAUGACGAGUUUGUUCAGGUGUACUCCCUGGCUGAAGGCAUCAAAACGUGGAUGCUUGAGAUGAAGCAGAGGUACCUGGUGAGCAAAAUGAACGUUCCGGAAGAGAGGAACGAUGGCCAGGGGGAAGUGACCAUGGAGUCUCUGGCUGAGGUCUGCAUAGAGAAGAGCCUGUUGCUGUUCCGGUUCACCCCCAGCGGAGCAGCAGGGCGGGACAGUGACUGGCUCAGGCCUGCAGAGGGCAGCGUGACUCCUCUCCUCCGCUCUGGCUCCAUAUCAGAGGGAGACUUCCAGCCCAGCCCUCCUGUGGGGCCCCAGGCCCAGGCAGCGGGCCCCGAGGUGGCCAGUGAGCCCAGAGCGGCAGACCAGGCCCAGGCCCCCAGGGUCCAGACCCAGGUCUCCACAACCUCCGACGCGGGGUCCGGCCCCAACAGCCUGGGCCUCAGGGGUUCCACCGAGAGCCUGUCCUCCCAGCAAGGGGAGCCCGCCUCGCCCUCCACCUUCGCCCGCAGGGUGCCCUUCAGCCGCGGCCGCCUGCGCCUGCUCUCCUUCCGCUCGGUGGAGGAGCCUCUCCCCCCCCCCUCAGUCAGGGAGCGCUUCACCGUCCUCAAGCACGUCCUCCACUUCAUGAAGGCCCAGACACUCACCACCGCUAGUGUUCUCCAGACGCUGUCCCUCAACAAAGCCCAGGCUCUGAGCGUGUGCAAGGUGCUGGAGACGGUGCAGCAGUGUUUACUGUCCCUGGGGAAACCCCACCUCUUCCAGGCCCCCUGCAUUCUGUUCCUACAGGAGCUGCUGGCCUGUCAGAAAGACUUCACCAGUUAUUUCUCCCAGCUGUCGGGCAGUGGCCAGGAGCUGAGAGAGGAGGUGCGGAGGUCCUACCACCGCCUGGUGCUCAUGCUGGUGGAGGCCGUCCAGGGCUUCAGCGGUCUCCACGAGAAGGCCCUACUGCCCGCCCUGUCGUGCGUCCAGACGUGCCUGCUGCACCUGCUGGACAUGAGCUGGGAGGUGCAGGACCUGGCCCUGUUCCAGCAGAUCAAACUGCCCGACCUCCUGCUCAACAUGUCCCAGGACAACAUCAGCGUGCACGACAUCGCCAUCAGUCAGUGGACGGAGGAGGACGAGAUCACCGACUACAAGAAGAACCGGGACUGGAUGGACGAGUGCGUGGACGGCAUGUUCGAGAAGUGGUACGACAAGAUCGACGAGGAGGGCUCCAUGGAGGACCGGAGGAAGAUGCACAUGUUCAUCGCGCGCUACUGUGACCUCCUCAACGUGGUCAUCUCCUGCGACGGCUGCGAGAGGAUGGCGCCGUGGCACCGCUACCGCUGCCUGCAGUGCAUGGACAUGGACCUGUGCAAGACCUGCUUCCUCAGUGGGGCCAAGCCGGAGGGCCACGAGGACGACCAUGAGAUGGUGAACAUGGAGUACGCGUGCGACCACUGCCAGGGCCUGAUCGUAGGCAGCAGGAUCAACUGUAACGUGUGCGAGGACUUCGACUUGUGCUUCGGGUGCUACCACGCCAAGAAGUACCCCGACAGUCACCUCCCCACCCACCGGAUCACCGUCUACCCCAUGGUGACCAUCCGCAUCAGUGACCGCCACCGUCUCAUCCAGCCCUACAUCCACAACUACUCCUGGCUGCUGUUUGCGGCCCUGGCCCUGUACACCUCGGACCUGAGCAGCGACCGCCAGCAGCAGGGGCAGCCCCUAGAGGCCGCCAGCCUCACCCAGGCCUCCGUCCUGCAGUCACGCUGCUCCCAGCUCAUCACAGAGUGCCUGCUGAAGGGACAGACUGGCAAAGCCCUGCGUUCCUCUGCCCUGCUGUCCCUCCUGUCCUCCAACGAGUCGGCGUCCGAGAGCGAGCUGUGCCCUGCCUCGCCGGAGUCCUCCCAGGAGCUCAGCACCACCACCGACACUUCCUCUCUGCCCGGGAGCACCGCUGCCAUCUGCUCCCCGCCGCCCCCUAGGGACAGGAGUAAAAAGCGAGGGAAGGAGAAUAGGGACGAGAAGCGAGGGAGGAGAAUAACGAGAAGAAGGUGGAGUCGCCCCCCUGCUGGUGUGGAGGUGUCCUCUCCCGCGGAGGGGGAGGAGGGGAAGAAGAGGCUGGUGACCCAGGACACCCUGGACUCCUCCAGCCUGAGCCAGACCCCGUCUGUGUCCAGCGAGGGAACCCUCUCUCCUGUGGUCAGAGCUCCAGAGUCCGGCUCCGACACCGUGGCCUCCCCGGCCUCCGAGUGCGUGGACGUGAAGGAGAGGGAUGAGAAGCUGGCCAAGGGACCCCUCCAGGAGCACGUGUUUGCAGAGUGCUCCAAGGAGAGGAUCCUGGGGCUGCUGGCGGCCAUGUUGCCCCCUGCCAAACCGGCCGCGACCCUGUCCCUGUCCAGCCUGAGCCCCAUCCUCCCCCAGCUCUUCAGAGUGGUCGUCUCCAACGCGGGCUGCCUCGACGAGACCUACCACCUGACCCUGGGCCUGCUGGGGCAGCUGAUGCUGCGGAUCCCGCCCCUGGAGGCGGACGCCGCCGUCACCGAGGCCCUGGCCGACAAGUACGAGCUGCUCGCCCAGGGGGAGGGGACGCCCGCCGACACGCCCGGCUGGAAGACCACCCAGCUGCUCUUCUGCCUGGGGGCCGUGUGCUUGGACAGUCGUAUCGGCCUGGACUGGGCAUGCUCAGUGGCUGACAUCUUGCGGAGCCUCAACGCCUGUCCAGAGUGGAGCGUGGUCAUCGCCGCCUUCACCGACCACUGUAUCCAGCAGCUGCCGCACACACUGAAACGCACCAACCUCUUCACCCUUCUGGUGCUGGUGGGCUUCCCAGAGGUGCUGUGUAUGGGCACCCAGUCAGUGUUCAUAGACAACGCCAACGAGCAGCACCACAUGAUCCUGCUCAAGCACUUCACGGAGAAGAACCACGCCGCCGUGGUGGAUGUCAAGACGCGCAAGAGGAAGACGGUGAAGGACUACCAGUUGAUCCAGCCCCAGGACUCCAUCACCGCAGCCGUCCCCCCAGACCAGGGCGAGGCCCAGGGCGCGCCCCAGACCCAGCUCAGACGCUACCUCACCAACUUCACCUCCAUCAUCAGCCACCUGCUGCAGAGCGGCCUGGACUUCAACGCCCCCGAGGCUGUGGAGGCCAGCUGGGUCCUCUCCCUUGCCCUCAAGGGCCUCUACAACACCCUCAAGAAGCAUGGCGUGGAGCAGACCCAGGAGGCCAUCCAGCAGUCUGGGCUGACCCAGCUGCUGGUUAGGAAGUGCAGCAAGGGCACAGGCUUCAGCAAGCUGUGGCUGCUCCGCGACCUGGAGAUCCUCUCCAUCAUGCUGUACUCGUCCAAGAGGGAGAUCCACUCCAUGGCCCAGGACUCUGAGCGCGAGGAGAGGGAGCCGGACAAGGAGCACGACUCGGACCACUCCAGCUGCUGCACGGACGACCCCGACCCCAACCGGCCCGACCCCCUGGAGGGGCUGGACGAGGAGACCAAGCUCUGCUUCCAGAUUACCCACGAUGCUUUGAACGCCCCUCUACACAUCCUGCGCGCCAUGUACGAGCUCCAGAUGAAGAGGACCGACUCGUUCUUCCUGGAGGUGCAGAAGAGGUUCGACGGCGACGUGAUCAAGACGGACGAGACCAUCCGCGCGCUGGCCCAGAAGUGGCAGCCGGCCAAGCGGCCGCGCUCGGAGAAGAGCACCAAGGCCGUGGACACGGACAUGAUCGUGGUGCCCUGCGUGUCCAAGCCCAGCCACUGUGAGAAGGCCACGGAGGAGACCAACGUGGUGACCCAGAAGCUCAUCACCAACUCCGAGAGCGACCUGCAGCUCAGCUACGCCAAGCAGCGGCGCACCAAGAGCUCCGCCCUGCUCCACAAGGAGCUGGACGCGCGCAGCAACCGCGCCGUGCGCCAGUACCUGGUGAAGGUCAACCAGGCCAUCGCCACGCUGUACGCCCGCCACGUUCUGGCCUCGCUGCUGGCCGACUGGCCCCAGGGCGCGGCGCUGAGCGAGGAGGCCCUGGGGCUGAGCGGCGCCUCGCACAUGGCCUACAUCCUGGACAUGCUGAUGCAGCUGGAGGAGAAGCUGCUCUGGGAGAGGAUCCUGCAGAAGGUGCUGAAGGGCUGCAGCCAGGGCAUGCUGGGAAGCCUGUCGCUGACAGCCUGCCAGUUCAUGGAGGAGCCGGGCAUGGCCGUGCAGGUCCGCGAGUCCAAACACCCCUACGACAACAACACCAACCUUGAGGACAAGGUGCACAUCCCGGGGGCCAUCUACCUGUCCGUGAAGUUCGACUCGCGCUGCUACACGGAGGACGGCUGCGACGAGCUGGUCAUGGCCAGCAGCAGCGACUUCCUUCAGGACCUCCACAACUUCAGCGGCUCUCCUCACAAGUGGUCCGACUUCGAGAUCCCCGGGGACACCCUCCACUACAGAUUCAUCUCCGACAUGAGCAACACAGAGUGGGGCUACAAGUUCACCGUGACCGGAGGCCACAGGGGCCGCUUCCAGACAGGUUUCGAGAUCCUGAAACAGAUGCUGGCCGACGACCAAGUCCUCGGGCAUCUCCCAUUGGCCGAUAUCUGGGAGUGGCAGGUGGGCGUGGCCUGCCGCCAGACAGGAAACCAGCGUUUGAAAGCCAUCCAUUUGCUGCUGCGCCUUCUUCAGUGUCAGUCACAAAAGGGCUGUGAGCUGGCCCUGCUGAAGCCCCUGUGGCAGCUCUUCAUGUCCAUGGAGAGCGGUCUGAGCCAGGACCCCACCAGCAUCACCGUGCUGCUGCCCCUCCACAGAGCCCUCACUGAGCUGUUCUUCAUCGCCGAGGCCCGGGCAGUGGAGCAGGGCAUCCUCCAGGAGUACCUGCAGGCCAUGACCACCAACGAGCAGCUUGUCAACCACACUGUCCUGGCUCUGAAGAACAUUGCAGCCAUAAGCCUGGCUAUCAGUUACCCCAAUAAAUCCACCACGCUGCUCAACAUGUCUCCCUGAAGGAGGGACGGGGGUGAACGCAGGAGGAGGACAAGACCGCGUUGGGGAGAGAGAGCGAGAGGAGGGAACCAAAAACAAAGAAGACCACUCUGGACUGUUUUUCUACAGGAGGAACCCCUUUGACCUCUCUCUCAAUCUUCUCACCGUUCUUCAAGAGAACACGGUUCUCAACAGCACCUCGUAUCUCUUCUCAGUCAUUUUGCCUUAGGGGGGAAUCCAGUGGAUCAGCAUGUGCAUUUAACAGACAGGGACAGCUGGCGGGGUGUCUUUAUUUUCAGGAGUUCUUUUUUAUUUCAAGACGCUGCAGCCCCUGUGCUAAAGGAAGUGUGCCAAAUUAGCCACUUUUUGGAGGGAGGGAGCGAGGCAGGGAGGGAGGGAAGGAAGGAGAGGGAAGCUCUAUUUUCUAUUCUUUUUGGGUGUUUUUCUCCCCUAAACAAUAGCCACCUUGGUUUAGACAAUCGAUCACAGUGAAAGCAGGUCACCUUGCCUACUUGCCUGUCUCUCUGUGGACAUGUAGAGCAGCCUAAGAAUACAGUCCAGAACACAGGAGCCUCAUUACUCUCUGAGAGCUGUGACCUUCCAUCUCGCUGAGCCUCCCCUUCUCUCUCCACAUCCCGCUCCGGUAUACGGGAGAAACAGACACUGUGCUCUCUUUCUCUCUCAAACGUUCGAGAGGUUCAUAUGGAACAAUCAGCACUAGAUCUUUAUGACACAAAACACACCGCCUAUAAAAUGUACUGUUCACAUUUGUAAACUAUCACAGUGGACAGGCAUGGUGUUUACAGUCCGUAGAGAAACUUAACUCUUGUACUUUGUCUGACCGUCACCAUUGCUAUGAUGACCAGUAAUGUGUCCAGUCCUUGUAUGGAAAGAUUGGUCUGUGUGACCGGGUUCUACAUUGUUGUGUCUGCGCAUUCUGGCUUUGAUUAUGGAUUGGAAAGAUUUGAGCUUGUGUUAUUAAUGAUUGUACUGUACACACACAGUAAGAUGAUUGUACAGAACACACACAAUCCUGUUUCAGCACUUCACUUUUGAAUAGCAAGAACGGAAUAUCACCUCACCUUCUAAACAGUAAUGUUUCAAUGUGACAAAUUGAUGAAGUGAUAUGUAAAUAAGCCAGUUGCCAGGGUGUCCAGAUAAAUAUAAGCUUUCUCGAGUGCAAUUUGUUCUCAUCAGCGAAUGUUUCAACACAGUUGGAUUUUAUUUGAGUUCCAAAGAUUCUUAUUUCUUUUCUUUCAGUUGGAUGGUUUUAUUCAUUUGUUCCUUUGUGAUGACCUAUCAGAACGAUCGUAGAGAUGAAGCCACAAAAGCCCUUAUUUUAAAUCAGCUUCUCCAGAUUGGUUUGACGAUUCUAUUGCGGUAUUGAGCAUAGCGACGGGGCGUUUUCAGAGUUUAAAUUUUUUGUUCAGUUUAGAAAGUUUUGCGUGUGACUUUAAAUAGGAACGAUGUUGGUGAAUGCCAAAGAAACCCUUUUUGUCAAAACAUGAAAUGUGUGUGACGUCUCUCUUCUGGAGCUUGUUCUGGGCCCAACAAACGUGUCACCAUGCGGUGGCCCCGUGUCCCAGGAGAGGAAGGGAAACGUCCAGAGUGGAGCAGCUUGCCUUGUAAAGGUCCUGCACCUGGACGAGGGUUAAAGCCUCUGGGCGCUAGCUGACGGUGACACAGUCAGUCUCCAGUAGUUUUGUUUACACAUGCGUCAGCCAUGAUGGGUGUGUGAGUGUUCUGGCCAGCCCACUUGGACCUCUCCCCCUCGGAAUCCAGCUCAACAGCGCCUCACGUAUCUACAAUGUGCCUACGGUUAAAAAUGAAGCAAUCAUUGUUUAACUCAUAUUAUCAAAAGUCUUCAUUAAUUAUAUUUUUAAAAGAGAAAUAUAUUGUUUGAUUUGAGCUUUUUUCUAUCUUUUUACUUUUUAAGGUUGUUUUUUUUUGGUUCCUUUCAGUUGUUGAUUUGUUAUUUGAAACUGACCUAGGUUUGAAUGUACAUAGCUGUGAAUACUGCUAAUUGCACAUAGGAAUAAUGCAGAAGAUUCUUUCAUAUCGACCCCCUUACAAAUAAGAAUUCUAAUAUAUUGUCACUGAAGGCUAGACACUUCGAUUUUUUUGAUUUUGUAUGCGUGGCACAUUGGGGAGAAGGGGAGGGGGAGAAAACGUACUGCUUGGGUUGAAUUGUAAUCCAUUUUUAAUUAAAAAAACUAUUUGAUG